AAGAGAAAAAAAAAAAUAUUUUCAGGUCGCUGGCCUUUUUUAUUUAUAGGACAGCCUUUCUCUCUCCUUUCCCUCCUUUUUUUCUGCAACUUGUCUUUGACUUCUAAUUCUCUUUCUCUUUCUCUCUCUAUUUCUUUUCCACCGUCAAAAGAAAACACAAAAAAACUCGACAUUCCAUGAGCAGCAGCAGGGCAGCAAAGCAGGUCUUCAAGUCAUUACCAUCGCUUCCAGGCCUGCCUACGACAACAUGCACCAAAGCACGUUGCGCCAGUUCAGUCCGCUCCUUGUCCGCUCGCUCUCGCCAUCGACCUCAAAUCGUCCUUACAUGCUUCCGCAAAACUCAUCAGACACGUCUCUACUAUGAUUAUGCCAUUCACCGCCAACAAACAGCCACGCCACUGCCUUCAAUCCCUCCUUCCUCUUAUUAUCACAACCAACUUCCUUUCUUUGACUUUUUCGCCGCCACAAAACCGAAGCCCUCUUAUCUUUUUGCAUCUGGUGCGACCGGCUUUGCAAAGCGCGGUCGCCCUCAACACAACCAUUAUGAUCCUACUGCUCCUUCUGACUCGUAUUAUCAAAGCGUCCAGGUCGGUGAAGAUGCAUACUUUGUCCGUUCGGAUGCCCUUGGCGUAGCAGAUGGCGUAGGCGGCUGGGCGGGAACUCUUGGCGCCAACCCAGCAUUGUACUCUAGAAAGCUCAUGCACCAUGCCCAUUCUGAGCUGGAGCGCUUCGAUAAUGUGGAUGACGAUUGUUUUGCGCACUAUGACGAAGCCCACCCUGUCGAUAUCCUCCAGCGCAGCUACGACCUCUCCCUACGGGAAGCCCGUCGUGAGGGGGUGAUCGGCUCGUCCACUGCAUGUGUUGCCCUCCUGCGUAACGAUGAGCUGCGCGUGGCCAAUCUCGGUGAUUGUGGCAUCUCAGUCAUCCGUCAGAACAGCUACAUCUUCCGUAACGAAGAGCAACAGCAUGCCUUUAACUUUCCAUACCAGCUGGGCACCAACUCGCCUGAUAAACCUAAGGAUGCUCAGACCUUCGAUAUCAAGGUUGAAAAGGGCGACAUUGUAAUUCUUGGCACGGAUGGCCUGUUUGACAAUCUGUUUGACAAGGAAAUACUGGCGAUCGUUAAAGCCCACGUGAACGCAUAUACCAUUCCUGGCUCUGGCCAGCGUCCACCACGGCUCCUCAACUUCAACCCGCAAAAGCUCUCUGACGCACUGGCUGCUCGUGCCCGUGUUGUCAGCGAAGACCGUCGCAACUUGGACAGUCCCUUCCAGACACAAGCAAUCAACGAAGGAUAUUUCCACCAAGGGGGCAAAUCCGAUGAUAUCAGUGUCGUUGUUGCCGUAAUCAAUGACAGCGAGGACUCUCCCGACCGUCGACUUUAAUUUACACUCGCCACACCUCACCGCACCUCACCACGACAUAUCUUAAUUAUUAUGGGAAACGGCUCUUCUUGUCUUCCUGGACCUAAUCUUCAUCCCUCCCUCUUCUGCUUCUAAUCCUAUAAUCACUCACCCAAAACCACUCUUACUCGCAUGCAUUCUCAUUCAACAUACACCCCAUCUCAGUACAUACUCUUCUUAUCAUUACUCAACUUCAUUAUUUUGCAUAUUUAUUUUUCUCCCUAUUAAAACUACUAGUAAAAUGACUUUUUUUAUGGUUAAACCUGUUUUACUCUGAAA